CCGAUAUUGACAAUCUUUUUCCAUCCGCAUUUUCUCUCUUUCCUUUGCAGCACGAUACCCCUCCGCGCUCCCACGGUUCAUUCCAUCUCUUGCGACAAUGUCUCCGCCUUCGCCCAAGGAUGCCGCCAACACGGCUGGCAACGUCCUCUCCGGUUCCUCGAAGGAAUUCAAGAAGGAAUCCACUUCGGCCAGACUGUUGGGAGCAGGAACUGCUGGUAUUGCUGAGCUGACCGUCUUCCACCCUGUCGACACCACGGCAAAGCGGUUGAUGAGCAAUCAUGGCAAGAUCACGUCUGCUUCGCAGCUCAAUUCGGUUGUCUUCAGGGAAAAGGCCUCUGCCGGUGUCGGCGCCCGUUUCUUCUCGCUGUUCCCUGGUCUCGGAUACGCGGCCGCUUACAAGGUCCUGCAACGUGUGUACAAGUACGGUGGUCAGCCGUUCGUUCGCGACUACCUGGCGAAGAACCACGGCGACUCGUUCGACCGCACUUUCGGCAAGGGUACCGGCAAGGCUAUCAUGCAUGCUACCGCCGGCAGCUUGAUCGGUAUUGGUGAGAUUGUCAUCCUCCCGCUCGAUGUCCUCAAGAUCAAGCGUCAGACCAACCCCGAGGCUUUCCGUGGUCGUGGUGUUCUGCGCAUCGUCAAGGACGAGGGCUUCGGUCUCUACCGCGGCUGGGGCUGGACUGCUGCCCGCAACGCGCCCGGUUCCUUCGCUCUCUUCGGUGGUUCUGCUUUCGCCAAGGAAUACAUCUACAAGUUGACCGACUACAACAAGGCCACCUGGGGUCAGAACUUUGUCGCUUCCAUCGCCGGUGCUAGCGCUUCGCUCAUUGUUUCCGCUCCUCUCGACGUCAUCAAGACCCGUAUCCAGAACCGCAACUUCGACAACCCCGAGACGGGCUUCCGGAUCGUUUCCAACAUGGUCAAGAACGAGGGCAUGACCAGCUUCUUCAAGGGUCUUACGCCGAAGCUUCUGAUGACGGGCCCCAAGCUGGUCUUCUCGUUCUGGCUUGCGCAGACGCUCAUCCCGAUAUUCAACAACGUUCUCUAAGUCACGGUUUGUACGAAGGGAGCAAAAAAACGUGUAUGGUGUUAUGGGAUAUGUAAAUGUGGGCGCUUUUCCGUUUAGCAUGGCAGCUUAGACCAUGGCGGACAUGAGCAUUUGGAAACGACUUUCUCUGUAAUUUAGUACGUAGCGGCAUAGAGCAAAAGACUACUCAUCUCUCUGU